UGCACCUGCCGUUAUUUUCGGGGGUCAGUAACGGAGGAAGAGAACGGAUGCGUGUUGUUCAGACUGGGACAUGGGACUAAUACUCCCUCGUGCACAGAUAGAAGAGGCACACCUGGAGUUUAGUGUUGCGUAUCUGAACUGGAGUUUACCGUUCCGUAUCUGAAAUGGAGUUUACCGUUCCGUAUCUGAACUGGAGUUUACCGUUCCGUAUCUGAACUGGAGUUUAUCGUUCCGUAUCUGAACUGGAGUUUAUCGUUCCGUAUCUGAACUGGAGUUUAUCGUUCCGUAUCUAUGGAUUACGUCUAAGACGCAGCUUCUUCCUGUGAGGCAGAGGGGUGUGGAGGUGUAUGUGAGAGAGCAGCAUGCAGUCGGCUCCAGCAGGUUUGUGGGACCCCCAUGGACCCCAGUCUAAAGAUGUCUCCUCUCUCCCCGUACACACACCCUCCGCCUCUCGCCUCUCCCAUUUGAUCGCUGCACCACCGACUAAGAGAAUCACCUUCUACAAGAGCGGCGACACUAAGUUUGCGGGAGUGAGGAUGGCCGUCCACAAACGCAGCUUCAAAUGCUUUGACGCACUACUGGACGACCUGUCGCAGAAGGUGCCCCUGCCGUUUGGAGUACGUACGGUCACCACUCCCAGAGGAAUCCACAGUAUUAAACAUCUAGAGCAGCUGGAGGACGGUGGGUGCUACCUCUGCUCUGACAGACGGCAGGCUAAACCAAUCAACAUAGAGCUGGCUGGCAAACGUCCCGCCCUCUGGCACCACAACAGUCGAAGAGUGCCACAGCGACCAGCAGAAGACCCUCCUCCUCCCAGUGCUCCAAGCCACACCCCAACACGGCAGCGACGCAUCCUAUUGGUCAGGAACAGCGACCCUGCAGUGAGGAGGAGUGUGAUUCUGAGUCGCCGCUCGGCCCGGAGCCUCCGAGUGUUUCUGGAGGGCAUCUCGGAAAUUAUGCAGUGUCACGUCAGGAAAUUAUACACGCUGGAGGGACGCAAGAUUGACAGUGCACAGAGCCUGAUGACGUGUCCAGGUGUGUUGGUGUGUGUAGGUCGAGAGCCCUUCAGACCUCUACUCCUGAACUAUGUAGCCAAGCACUCUGAGGAGAAACUACCUGGACUGGGGACGCGGUCACCUGGCAAUGGGGCCCGGUCUCCCGGUACUGGGGCCCGGUCUCCCGGUACUGGGGCCCGGUCACCUCGUAAUGGUCAGGGAGCUCGGUCACGGUCUAGUGUCUGCAGCGAAGGACACGGCAGCAAGAAGAACGUGAACUUUGGUCUGGAGACUAAGAAGACCAUCAUCCAUCCUCUCUCAGACUCUUCCAACCUCUCCACCCGCUUCUCUCUGUCCUCUGACAAGUCCUACCCUAAUGGCCUCAGCAGCCAAGGUGGCAAGGAGGCGGUGCUUAACGAUGACAUCGAGAAACGGGUACUGGUGAACAAAGACGGCAGCCUGUCUGUGGAGAUGAGGGUGCGGUUUCGUCUCCAUAACGACGAGAGGCUCCAGUGGUCCACGGAGAUUAAGAAGUCUCCCUCUGACUCUCUGACCAAUGACUGCUGUCCCCUCAGGGAAGCCCCGCCCUGCUUCCUACAGCAAGGCCAAUCAGAAAGCUGCUCAGACCAUGACUCCGCCUCCUGUGUUGUUGAAGCUGCCGACUACACCCCCAAGCCUCCACAGCGCUCCCUGGAGGAGCCACAGUCACAUUAUGCCUGCUGCUUCCAGAGACAGGAGUAUGACCUUUGGGAGAACCCCGCCCACAUCCAGACUUCUAAGCAUUCACACUCCAGGGUUAGACACACCCACUCCUCAAGUUCCUCCUCCUCCUGCCGCUCCAGCAAGUUGGUGAGGAGGCGUGCGACCCACAGGGAGUGCUCAGAGCUCGGAAGGGUUGUAAAUGGAAUGGUGGAGGUGUGUACAGUCAGCAGCAGCUGCAGCCACAGCGAGCUUAGCCUGGGUGCCACAGACAACCAGGGGGAGGAGCGUCCUCUGUCUAGCUCCUCCCAUGUGCUCCAAGCACUUCAGGACGAUGUGGAUGACCUCCCUCCCAGCGUCUCACGCUGCUGCCAUAGCAAUGACCCCCCACAAGCCCUCCCCUUGACCCCACAGCCUCCCAGCCCUAUGUCUACUUCCUCCAGGAGCAGAAAACACACCCCUGCCCUACAGGGAGAGGAGAGGGGGAGCAAAACCUCCUUCCGGCGUUCUAGUAACUCGUGCUCCUGCUGCAGAGGAGAAGUCACCCCUAAGGCCAACGAGGAGAGAGUGGACAGCUCGUUGUCGAAGGCCAGCCAAGCUUCCCACGGAUCCAGAGCUCCCUCCAAUAGAAUCAGGAUCCCUGUGGCUCCAGAGGAGGGAGAUGAUGAAGCUGAGCAGGGUGGGAAGAGGGCAGUCAGCGUCUCCGGUGGCUCAGGGGGGUCCAUUGGGUCAGUGGGGUCUAUAGGCUCCAGUGUAUGUUCUCACUGUGGGGGGUGUGACCAAGGUUACGACCUUGUGUCCUGCCACUCACAGAAGUCACAUAGGUCAAAGCGAUCUCAAGAAGAAGAAGAGGAGAGGUCAGGGAGAGGACUCUCAGGUGGCUCAGAUGAGUGUGGAUUUUCUCAGAGGACCAACAAGUCCAACUGUACCCACUUCUACCAAGAGGGCCGAGCAGCCAGCAUGAUGUCACACAUGUCUCUGCCCGAGGAGGGAGAAGAUACAGGGAAGGAGGGAGAGGUAGAGGUUGGAGAGAAAAUAGAGGAAGGGGAGAAAGACGAGAGAGCAGCCAAUGUCCUCUCAGCCAAAUGCUUCUCUUCAGUCAAGGGCAGGACCUCUAGAACCUCCCAGAAGUCUAAGGCCUCAGAAUCCCUUGCAGACAUGGAGGAACAAAUGGAAGAACCGAUGGAGGGAGAAGAGAAAGAGGGAGAGGUAGAAGAUGGAUCAGAGCAGAGAGCAGCAAGCAUUAUGUCAGUUAAAUCUAAUCUCUCAGCCAAGUCCAGCAGAUCUCAUACAUCUACCUGUAGCAAAGCAGAUGGGUCCACCAAAGCUUCAGAGAGGGCAUCGUCUCCCAGAUCAGAACCAGACGUUGCUGAGGAUACAGGAGCAGCAGAGACAGAGGAGAGAGGAGCCAGUGUUAUGUCAGCUAAAACUAACACUUCAGCAAAUUACAGCAGAUCCCAUAAGUCUACCAAAAGUCCUAAUGCUGGGGCUGCUUCUGCCAGCUCUGAAACACCUGACAUCAAUGCUAUUGAGACAACAGGCGAAGGUGAAGAGGAAGAAGUGGGAGAGAAAACAGAGGAGAGGUUAGAGAGCUCCAUGUCUGUUAGAUCUAACCUCUCAGCAAAGUCUUGUAGGUCCUGUAAGUCUACCUGCAGCAAAGCAGAACAGGUCCUUUCCGCCUACUCACCAGAGGUACCAGCUACUGAACCUGAACCUACUGGAGAGGAUGAGGGAGAGGAGAGAGCAACGAUCUCCACGUCUGUUAAAUCUAACCUCUCAGCCAAGUCCAGCAGGUCUCAUAAGUCAACCUGCAGUAGGAGUAUUAGAGUUGUUUCUCCAAAACCAGCAGCGAGUGAAACUCUAGUCAACGAUCCAGCAGACGUGGUUGCAGCGGGUGCAUUGUCAGCUAAAACCAAUGCUUCAGCAAAGUCCCGUAGGUCUUGUAAGUCUACAGGAGAUGAUGAGGGAGAGGAGAGAGAAGCAAGAGCCAUGUCAGCUAAAACGAGGGCUUCUAUCAAGUUCAGCAGGACCCACAAGUCUGCCUGUAAAGCUGCCUCUCCAAAGCCAGCCGCAUGUGAAACUCCUGUCAACGAUCCAGAGGAGAAAACAGAGGAAGAGAAGACAGCGAGUGCAUUGUCAGCUAAAACCAGUGCUUCUGUCAGAUCUAGCAGGUCUCACAAGUCUACCUGUAGUAGGAGUGUGAGGGCUGAGACACCUGUUGCUAAAGACAUCCCUGCUAUUGAAACAACAGAGGGAGAUGAGAAUGGGUCUGCUGCUGCUGCCGGAGAAACAGAGGAGAGACCAGCGAGCGCCAUUUUGGAUGACAAUAAUGCCUCAGUGAAAUCUAGCAUAUCUCACAAGUCUACCUGCAGCAAAGCAGAACGGGCCCCUUCCUCCAACUCACCAGAGGUGCCAGCGACUGAGCCUGAACCUACUGGAGAUGAUGAGGGAGAGAAGAGAGCAGCAGGUGCCACGUCAAAGUCCAGCAGGUCCCUCAAGUCUACCUGCAGUAGGAAUGUCUGGGCUGAGACUCCGGGGACUAAAGACAUCCCUGUUAUUACGACGACAGGGGGAGAGGAGAUGGUUGACGAUACAACUGCUGCUGGAGACACAGAGGAGAGACCGUCGAGCGCCGUCUCAGCUAAAACCAGUGCUUCUGUCAAGUCCAGCAGGUCUCAUAAAUCUACCUGCAGUAGGAGGGCUGAGAGUCAAAGAUCUCAACCAGCCGAUGUCCCUGUUAUUGAAACAACAGGAAGAGACGAGGUCGGAGAGAAGAAAGAGAGAGCAGAAAGUGUCAUGUCAGCUAAAUCUAAUGAUUCAGCAAUGUCCCGCAAGUCUAACAGGCCCACCUGUAAUGGAAGUAGUAGAGCAGUCUCUCCAGUGGCUCAAGAUGUUCCUGCUAUCGAGACGACAGGUGGAAAAGAACACAGAGACAAAUCCACCGCCUCUGUCAAGACCAACAGGUCUCAUAAGUCGUCCAGUGGUAGGAGGGCUGAAACUCCAACUGCAGAACAAGCUGAUGUUAAUGAGACCACCGGAAGGGACGAGAAGGGAGAGGGGACAGUGAGACCAGCGAGUGCCAUGUCGACUAAAUAUAGUGCUUCAGCAAAGUCCAGCAGAUCUCACAAGUCCACCUGUAAUAGUGGAAGUGCUAGAGCGAUCUCUCCAGCACCUAAAACAGCAGACGUCCCUGCCAUUGAAACAACAGGGGUUGACAGGGAGGGAGAGAAAACAGAGGAGAGACCAGCUAGCGCCAUGUUGGCUAAAUCUCACAUCUCAGCGAAGUCCAGUACAUCUCAUACGUCUAAUGGUAGUAACAGAAGUACGUUUCUGCACCUGAAAAAAGAGAGAGGUGAGAGAGGUGUUAGACCUGCCCCCAGCACUACAGGAAAUGACCUUGAGACAGGCAGUGUGAAAUCUGCAAAACCCCCAAAAAACGCAGAUUCCUCCACCAGACCCCUCUCCACAGCAUCACAGGCUAAUGCUAAAUCCACCAAUCAGACACCGCCUGCCACCACCGAGACCAAAGAGGAGUCUCAAAGUCAUGCCACGAGCCGACCUGCCAGCACGGCUGCACACAGAGAUGAUGAUGUCAGAGAUCAUGUCACAGAGAAGAAAGCUCCCAGCGUACGUUCUAAGAGCCCUGCUAAAGCAGAAGGAGACUCAAGAGUGGCUUCCUUCGCCCGCUCCACCAGGUCAAAGGUGAAAGUUCAGAAGGCCAGCGAGGCCCAGGACGAUGAGAUGCCAGAGACAAGGGCCUCCUUAAUGCAAGUGAAAGGUCACAGGGUUAAAGCUCAGAGUGACACGGGCAGCGUUCACUCCGUGAAAACCUCCAAAACGGAUAAGAUUGUGAUAAAAGGGAAUUCCAAACCAAAGUCGGCCCAAGUGGGAAACACUACCUCCCAGUCCUUCAAUCCCCCUGAGGGCUCCAGACCCGCCAUCCAGCUGGGUACGGCCAGCGUCAGCGAUAGCCUCCUCUCCCAGUCCCUGUCUGCAGCUGACCUGCUCAGGGGGAACAUGGCCGCCUCGCGCCUCUCCAGCCCUGCAGGGUCAAAGGUUAGCAUCCCUGAUAGUGGGAAGAGUGGGAAGAGUGGGAGUAGCCAGAGGAGAAGGAAGCUCAAACAGGAAGAGGUGGAGCUAGAGGAGCUGGGUCCCCUCUGUCUGCCCAAAACCUCACCCAUUGACAUUGUCAGUGAUUGGCUGAGAGGCAUCCCUGCUGACAGCGGCAUGGAUAACCCUGAAGAUGAGAUGAACGAGGGAAUUGAAGAGACAGAAGUAAAAAGAGAGGAAGGAGAUGAGAAAGGAGGGGAAACAGAGGGACAAGGAGGAGAGGAGACUGAGGAGAAACAAGAACCGAUUGAAACUACAGAGAUGGAGCAGGAGAACACGGCUGAAACAGGAAAACAGGAAGAGGAAGAGGAGCAGGAGAAGACGGCUGAAACAGGACAACAGGAAGAGGAAGAGGAGCAGGAGAACACGGCUGAAACAGGACAACAGGAAGAGGAAGAGGAGCAGGAGAACACGGCUGAAACAGGACAACAGGAAGAGGAAGAGGAGCAGGAGAACACGGCUGAAACAGGACAACAGGAAGAGGAAGAGGAAGAGGAGCAGGAGAACACGGCUGAAACAGGACAACAGGAAGAGGAAGAGGAAGUGGAGCAGGAGAACAUGGCUGAAACAGGACAACAGGAAGAGGAAGAGGAAGAGGAGCAGGAGAACACGGCUGACACAGGACAACAGGAAGAGGAAGAGGAAGAGGAGCAGGAGAACACGGCUGAAACAGGACAACAGGAAGAGGAAGAGGAAGUGGAGCAGGAGAACAUGGCUGAAACAGGACAACAGGAAGAGGAAGAGGAAGAGGAGCAGGAGAACACGGCUGAAACAGGACAAGAGGAAGAGGAGCAGGAGAACACGGCUGAAACAGGACAACAGGAAGAGGAAGAGGAGCAGGAGAACACGGCUGAAACAGGACAACAAGAAGAGGAAGAGGAGCAGGAGAACAUGGCUGAAACAGGACAACAGGAUGAAGAGGAGCAGGAGAACACGGCUGAAACAGGACAACAAGAAGAGGAAGAGGAGCAGGAGAACACGGCUGAAACAGGACAACAGGAAGAGGAAGAGGAGCAGGAGAACACGGCUGAAACAGGACAACAGGAAGAGGAAGAGGAGCAGGAGAACACGGCUGAAACAGGACAACAAGAAGAGGAAGAGGAGCAGGAGAACACGGCUGAAACAGGAAAACAGGAUGAAGAGGAGCAGGAGAACAUGGCUGAAACAGGACAAGAGGAAGAGGAAGAGGAAGAGGAGCAGGAGAACACGGCUGAAACAGGACAAGAGGAAGAGGAAGAGGAGCAGGAGAACAUGCCUGAAACAGGACAAAAGAAGGCUGCCCGGCAACCAGAGGAAGAGGGAGAGGUGAAAGAGGAAGAGGAAGAGAGGGGAGAGGAGGAGGAGGAAGCAGCAGUGGGGGAGAAGGAGAAGAAAGAUAAAGAAGAAGAGGAGGUAAAAAAAGAAGAAGAGGGGGAGGUGGGAGCAGAGGAGGAGGGAGAGUGCUCUGAGUGUGCUGACUGCUGCCCUGACCCAGCCCCACCCAACAAUGACAUCAGUUCUCCUUGUCAUCGCCACCUGUUCCUCAGUAGAGAGUCAGAGCUGCCUUGGAGCUGCCACUCAUCUGUGGCAGUAAUGAAGGUUUUACUGAACCCUACACUGGGCCGGUGCAGCUCCCUACCCGAGAUAAGUCCAGUGUACGGACGCAGACUGAGCUCCUCUGCUAAAGGUCUGCUGGACUGUCUGGCCCAGCUGCAGCUCAUCGACCCACCCCCUUCUCCAGCUGCAGCCCCAGGCCCUGACCGGUACCAGCGGUACCAAGAGGUCAUGGAUAUACUAGAGUCACUGUGGCUGUCUAAGCCUGACCUCGAGAAGAGGAAGGAGGGAGAGACAGAGGAGAAGGAGAGGCUAAAAGAUUCUGGUGUGGACCUGAGCAGCGGCUCAGCAGGGUCUGGGGGUUCUGGGAAGACCAGACCAGAUGAAACAGCGGGUGACAUCACUCUCAUAGCGAAGGGAGAAGGAGGGGAAGGAGGAGGAGAGGGGGAGACAGACGGAAGAGGAGGAGGAGGAGAGGGAGAGACAGAUGGAGGAGGAGAGGGAGAGAUAGAUGGAGGAGGAGAGGGAGAGAUAGAUGGAGGAGGAGAGGGAGAGAUAGAUGGAGAGACAGAUGGAGGAGGAGAGGGAGAGAUAGAUGGAGGAGGAGAGGGAGAGAUAGAUGGAGAAGGAGAAGGAGAGAUAGAUGGAGGAGGAGAGGGGGAGGUAGGAGAGGGAGAGAUAGAUGGAGAAGGAGAAGGAGAGACAGAUGGAGGAGGAGAGGGAGAGACAGAUGGAGGAGGAGAGGGAGAGACAGAUGGAGGAGGAGAGGGAGAGAUAGAUGGAGGAGGAGAAGGAGAGACAGAUGGAGGAGGAGAGGGGGAGACAGAUGGAGAGGGAGAGACAUAUGGAGGAGGAGAGGGAGAGACAGAUGGAGGAGGAGAGGGGGAGACAUAUGGAGGAGGAGAGGGAGAGACAGAUGGAGGAGGAGAGGGGGAGACAGAUGGAGAGGGAGAGACAUAUGGAGGAGGAGAGGGAGAGACAGAUGGAGGAGGAGAGGGGGAGACAGAUGGAGGAGGAGAGGGAGAGACAUAUGGAGGGGGAGAGGGAGAGACAUAUGGAGGAGGAGAGGAAGCAACAUCAGCAGAGCUGCUUUCAGACGCGGCUACCCCAGACAUCGCCAGCCAAGUGCAGAGCAGCCCAGGGGAGGAUGAGUCGUCCCCAGAGUCACCCCCAGGGACAGGUGAGAUGCUGCAGACCCUUGAGAGACUCAAAACCCCAGGGAGCCCAUCCUCUUCAGACAGCACAGCCUACAAAUCCCCCACUGACACAGAGACAGACACCCCGGAGGACACCCCCAGCUCAGGGACACCCCCGUCAGUCCAACGACCGCUGCUCACCAAGCGUGUCUCCCAGGACCCUGACCCGGUCUGGGUUCUCAACCUGCUGAAGAAGUUGGAGAAGCAGUUCAUGGCCCACUACGUGGACGCCAUGGCCGAGUUAAAGGUGCGUUGGGACCUAGACAACAAUGUGAUGUUGGACACUAUGAUCACUGAGCUGAGAGAUGAGGUGAAGAAGAGGAUCCAGAUGAGCAUUGAUCGUGAACUGAGGAAGAUUCGGGGACGGGCGGGCCGGGGGCCGCGACCCCCUAACAUGUCCCGGGAGUCAACCGUAACAGACCAGAGGAGGCGGAGGUUGAAGGUCAUGAAGGUCCAGUCGGUAAACGAGAGUGACGGAGAGCAGGGUUCAGGCGAUGUUAGCGACCAGCGCAGUGAGGACGAGUACUGUCCCUGCGACGCCUGCAUACGGAAAAAGGCGGAGGACAAGGCAAUCAAAAUGGAGGCUGUGGUUGCCAAGGCGCCGGUGAUGAUGGCGUUUGAUCUGCGUAAGAUCCUGCAGAUGAAGAAAGACCCAGAGUCUCCGGUGCCCCCUAGCCCCACACAGGGGAAGAACAAUGACAAACUGGAAGAGGGGGAGGAGGAACAGGUUGGGAAUCUAGAGGUGGUACAGGAAGACGAGGAAGAGGAGGAGGAGGAACAGGUUGGGAAUCUAGAGGUGGUACACGAAGACGAGGAAGAGGAGGAGAGAAAGGAGGAUAUUAUACCAACUGUUAUAGAGGAAGAUAUCUCUGAGAAGGAAGAGGAAGGAGUGACUGGGGGAGAGGAGGGAGAGGAGGAGGGACAGGAGAGUCACGGAGCUGAGUCUCUGAUGAGUGAAGUAGAGGAGGAAAUAGCUGAGGAGAUAGGGGCUGAAGAACAGGAGGAGGAUGGAGUGGUAGAGGGAACUGAGGAUGAGGAGGAAGAAGCAGGGGAAGGAGAGACGGGGUGUGAAAGUGCAGGAGAAGAUGGUGUGGAGGGGGCGGAGACUGGGGAG